AUGAGGUUCAUCCUGCCUGGUUUGACCGCUAUCACCCUUGCAAUUGCUCCUGUCCGCUUUGACAGGGAGAAGGUGUUACAUGUGACCCAGGAUGAAAAACAAGCAAACAUCAUAAAGGACUUGGCCAAAACCAACCAGCUUGACUUCUGGCAUCCAGACAUCUCCCACCAUGUAGCUGCUAACAUGACAGUGGAUUUCCGAAUUAGUGAAAAGGAAUUCCAGUCCAUUCAGGCUGCCUUCGAUCAAAAUAGAAUGCACUAUGCAAUCUUGAUUCACGAUGUACAAGAAGAGGUUGAGAAACAGUUUGAUGUCAAAGAAGAUAUGCCAGGCAGGCACAGCUAUGCAAAAUACAAUAACUGGGACAAGACUGUUGCUUGGACUGAAAAAAUGGUACAUAAGCAUCCUAAAAUGGUCUCUCGUAUUAAAAUUGGAACUACUGUUGAAGAUAAUCCACUGUAUGUUCUCAAGAUUGGGGAAAAGGAUGAAAGAAGAAAGGCUAUUUUUAUGGAUUGUGGCAUUCAUGCACGAGAAUGGAUCUCCCCAGCAUUCUGCCAGUGGUUUGUCUAUCAGGCAACCAAAACUUAUGGUAAAAACAAAAUUAUGACCAAACUCCUGGACCGAAUGAAUUUUUAUGUUCUUCCUGUGUUCAAUGUUGAGGGAUAUAUUUGGUCAUGGAGACAGGACCGCAUGUGGAGAAAAAAUCGUUCCAAGAACCAACGUUCCAAAUGCAUUGGAACUGACCUCAAUAGGAACUUUAAUGUCUCAUGGAACUCUUUCCCUCACACCAAGGACCCAUGUCGGGAGAUCUAUGGGGGCCCUGCACCAGAGUCUGAGAAAGAGACCAAAGCUGUCACUGACUUCAUUCGAAGCCACCAAAAAUCAAUCAAGGCUUACGUUACCUUCCAUUCCUACUCCCAGAUGCUAUUGUUUCCCUACGGAUAUACAUCAGAACUGCCACCUAACCACGAGGAACUGGCCAAAGUUGCAAAGAUUGGCACUGAUGUCCUAUCAACUCAGUAUGAACCCACUCACACCUGUGGUCCAACAGCAUCGACCAUUUACCCGACAUCAGGUUCUUCUUUAGACUGGGCUUACAACCUGGGCAUCAAACACACAUUUGCCUCUGAGCUCCGAGACAAAGGCAAAUUUAGUUUUCUCCUUCCAGAAUCUCAGAUAAAGUCAACUUGUAAAGAGACCAUGCUAGCUGUCGAAUUUAUUGUCAAGUAUAUCCUCAAGCAUACUUCCUAUAGAACUGCCCUCUGUUUGGAAUAA